CUUGCAUUUCCCAGCUUCAAAGCAACUCCUUCGUGCUUCAUUUCGCUUUUCAAUCAAUGGCUAGGAAUCUGUUUGUGUUGGUUCUUACGGUUCUGGUUUUAUUGGCGGCGUCACUUCCGCAGCUUCCACUACUUCCCUGCCAAGAUUGUUAGUGGAUUUCUCUCGAAUGCCGUGCCUGCUUUCACGAAAUGGCUGUGGUCACUCAAAGCUACGACCAAAACAGCGGUUUCUGGCCGGCCGAUGAUGAAGUUUGAAGGUGGAUACACUGUUGAGACUGUGUUUGAUGGAAGCAAGCUUGGAAUCGAGCCUUAUGCUGUUGAGCUGCUGCCCAAUGGAGAGCUUCUGAUUCUAGAUUCAGCUAAUAGUAACAUUUACAGGAUUUCCUCGUCCCUUUCUCUGUAUAGUAGACCGAAGCUGGUAGCAGGAUCUGCUGAAGGAUAUUCUGGACAUGUUGAUGGGAGGGUCAGGGAGGCCAGGAUGAACCACCCAAAGGGAAUAACAGUUGAUGAUCGAGGAAAUAUCUAUGUUGCAGAUACUAUGAAUAUGGCAAUUAGGAAAAUCAGCGAUUCAGGGGUCACAACAAUUGCUGGAGGAAAAUGGAGCCGUGGAGGAGGCCAUGUUGAUGGGCCAAGUGAAGAAGCUAAAUUUUCUAAUGACUUUGAUGUGGUUUAUGUUGGAAGUAGUUGUUCUCUUCUUGUCAUAGACAGAGGAAACCAAGCCAUCAGAGAGAUUCAGCUCCAUUUCGAUGACUGUGCUUAUCAAUAUGGAAGCGGGUUUCCACUAGGGAUUGCAAUGCUGGUUGGGGCUGGCUUCUUUGGCUACAUGUUGGCUUUGCUGCAACGAAGACUUGGUACAAUUGUAGCAUCCCAGGAUGAUCAAAGUCCAACAAUGCCCGGAAUUUCUUCUAGUCCAUACAAGAAGCCCUUGAAAUCUGUCAGACCUCCUUUGAUUCCGUCUGAGAACGAACCUGAGAAGCAAGAGGAGGGUUUCUUUGGAUCUCUGGGGAAGCUUCUUGCCAAUGCUGGGGCAUCAAUCGUGGAGAUCAUGGGAGGAUUAUUUCCUGGUUUUAGGAAAAAACCGGCGAUCUAUCAAUUUCAGAGCCAGCCAUUGCUCCAUCAGCCACAAAAGCACACAAAUGCUUGGCCUGUGCAGGAAAGUUUCGUGAUUCCUGAUGAAGAUGAGCCGCCUUCAAUUGACACCAGAGCCCCGACCCCUCGAAAAACCUAUCCUUUCAUGUCCAAGGAUGCUGAAAAAAUGCAACAACUUCGGCAAAGCCGAGCUUUCUACAGUGGAUGGGACGGAGAUAUUCAGCAGCCGCAACAUCAACAAUACCAGCAGCAACAGAAACAUCAUCAUCGCCAUGAAUACAGGUCAUCAAUCCCCCAUACCUAUUAUGAGCAAAGCAACGAGACAACAAACGAAAUCGUAUUUGGGGCUGUGCAGGAGCAAAAAGGGAAGAAGGAAUCCGUGGUAAUCAAGCCUGUGGAUUAUGGCGAGUCAUUGUAUGAUCAUCACAACAUUCGAUCUAGAAUUAACUACAUGGGAUAUCCCCCCAGGUAUUGAGUAUAUAUACAUUAGGAAGUUUAAGAGUAUUGUAAAGACUGAGUUCCAGCUUGAUUAUAUAGGAGGAGGGAGGAGGUCGACAUAAAGUACAGUUAGUGUAAUGGGAUUUUAGUAAGGAGAAGCUCAUCUUCGUACUAUGAAUUGUUUGCUCACAGUUUUGCCAAGUAGUUGGGUCAAUGGAGGGGUGUGGACAAAUUGGCAAUCUCUGAGGGUGGGAUCAAAGAAAUUUUGGGAUCCUUUUUCUUCAGUGAUGAAGUUGUCAAGUUCAUAAAUCUAUGAAAGAAAAUUAUAAUAUAGUACCUAGUUUUCUUGUUUUUAUUUCCAUUUAACUUUGAGCUAUUUAUUGGUGUGUGGUGACUGAAGAUACUAUGCACUCCACAUUAUUAUGAUGUGGACUGGCACUGGGAGUUGUGAUUUGUGAGAGUUGCAAUAAUUGACUAUGGAUUGUAAUGCUAA